CAUAUAGAACGUUCUGAAAUUCAUUCUUCGAUUUGAUGGUGUUUUCCAAAAAAAGUCAUUUCGAUUUUUGUUUUUGUUUUUUGGAUGAAAACCGCGGUAAUCAUUUCUUUCUUCGAUUUUAUUCAAUUCAAUUGCCUGAAAUGAUAACAACAUUCCUGCGAUAAUUUCAAUUCCAAUAAUCAAAAUGUUUGUCAAACAAAAAUUUUCGAUUUUUCUGAUGAUGAUUCAGAUAGCAAUUGUCAUGAUUGUCAUCAUCAUAAAUUCAUCAUCAGCGACGAAUCUUGAUUUAACCAAAAUUCAUUAUCUUUUUCAAAAUGAAACCAAUUUAUUAUCAACAAAUCCAAAAUGUAAAAAUGAAUUACCUGAAUUAUGUGGUCAUGAUGAAAAAAUUCUCGGUAAUAAUGUUGAAAUAAUGAAUUGUAUUUUCGAACGUUCAGAUUCGGAACGAAAAUUAUCCGAACAAUGUCAACAUCAGAUUUGGUCAUUUAAAAUGGAAGUAACAAAAUUAGAUCAUUUUACCGAAAUAACAAAAACUGUUUGUAAAUCAUUAUUGAAACAAAAUCAUGAUUGUUUAGAUGCUGAAACUGAAAUUGAUUCAAACAUUAAUUCGGGUGCAAAUAUUCUCAGCUGUUUGAUUGAAAGAAUUUCAUCCGAAACUGAUGAUCAUUGUAAAUUAUUUCUACAACAAAUGGAAUUAAUUAUUUUCAGUGAUUAUCGUUUGAUAAAUAAAUUUACAAAAGAAUGUGAACAAUCAAUACAAGAUUGGAAAUGUGGUCGUUUAGAUUGGCAAUCUGAUUUACAUAGUCAAACAAAUACCAUACAAUGUCUACAAAAACAUAUUGAUCAAUUACCUGAACAAUGUCAAAUGGAAAUAUUAAGAAUAUCCGAACUGCAAAGUAAUGAUUUUCAUUUGGAUAAACCAUUAUAUUUUGCUUGUCGUAAUGAUCGUGAACAUUUUUGUCAAAAAAUUGAAUCUGGUAAUGGUCGUAUUUAUAAAUGUUUAAUGUCUAAUCUGGAUGAUCCAGAAAUGAGUGAAGAAUGUAAAGAUAAACUUAUACAACGUGAACAAUUAAUUACACGUGAUUAUCAAAUAAGUAAAAGUUUUGUUCAAGCAUGUCGCCUUGAUAUUCGUAAUCAUCAAUGUCGUGAAAAUAUUAAAGGUCGUAAAGAAAUACGUUUAUCACGAAUAUUAUUAUGUUUAGAAAAUGUUCAUUCAAAAGGUUUAAAUUUACUGCCUGAAUGUCAAGCAGAAAUGUUAUUACAUCGAAGAUUUUUAUUUGAAAAUUAUAAACUUACACCCGAUCUGGUUGAUGCUUGUCAAAAUGAUUUGCAUGAUUUUUGUCCAAAUAUUGAAUUUGGUGCAAAAAUCCUACAUUGUUUAAUGAAACAUUCAAAAACAAAAAGACGUCGUGGUGAUGCACAUGAUCGUAAACGUAUAUCAUCAAAUUGUCAACAAGAAGUUGAAAAAUUAUUAAAAGAAGUAAAUUUUGCUGAAGAUUGGCGUGUUGAUCCUGUUCUACAACAAUCAUGUCAAUCAACAGCCGAUAAUUUAUGUCGUCAUAUUCAACCUGGAAAUGGAAGAAUUCUUGGUUGUUUAGCUGAACAUAUUGAUUCACCACAAAUGGCUGAAGAAUGUCGUGAAUCAUUAAAUCAAAUGCAAUAUUUUGUUGCACGUAAUUUUGAAUUAGAUUCAGAAAUUUAUGAUGCAUGUCAUCCGGAUGCCGUGAAAUAUUGUGGUGCACAUCGAAAUUGGCAUCAAAACAAUGAUAUGAUGAAUGGAAUAAUGGAUCCAGAACGUGGACCAAAUGUAAUUGCAUGUUUAUAUCGUUAUGUUUAUCAUGUUAAUCAUCACCAAAACAAAGAUAAAGACAAAGACAAUCAAAAACAACAACAACCAAUCCGUAUUGGAAAACAAUGCGUCUAUCAUAUUAAACGUGUAAUGAAACAACGUGCAUCAUCCGUUGAAUUAUUACCAUUUAUUGAAGCACCUUGUCUACAAGAUCUAGUUAAGUAUUGUAGUUCGGUACAAGUUUUUGGUAAAGGUUAUGAAAUGUCAUGUUUACAAGAAAAUUAUCAACAACUUGAUUUGAAAUGUCGUUUAGCAAUCGGAAAUUUUACCAUUGCUCAAAGUUCAAAUUUUGAAUUAAAUUAUCCACUGUUUAGAUCUUGUUUGAGUAUUGUACAAGAAUUAUGCGCCACUGAAUAUGAAAAUGAUAAUAUUAUCAAUGAUGAUGAUGAUGAUGAUGAUUCGGAAUCAACAACAUCGAAUCAAGUAAUACAAUGUUUGAUUCGAAAUAAAAAUCAUUAUCGAAUAAAAUCUAAACAACAAUGUCAUCAUGCUAUUGAACAUUUUCAAUUGAUCAAUAGUAAAGAUUUUCGUUUUGAUCCACGAUUUAAACAAGCAUGUAAACAGGAUAUUGAACAAAAUUGUCGAAAUUUUCGUACAAAAUAUGAUGUUAUUAAUUGUUUAAGUUUGGCAUUAUUUAAUGAUUCAAAUAAUAAUGAUAAUGAUGAUUCAUUUGGUCCACAAACAAAUCAAAUUGGUAGAAAAAUAUCGAAUGAAUGUCAUCGUAUGUUACGUGAAGAAUUAUAUCAAUUGAAUGAAGAUAUUGAUCUUGAUCCAGGUCUAUUACAAGCUUGUCAACAUGAUCGUCAACAAUUUUGUUCAAAUAUUCAACCAGGUGAAUCACAUGUUUUGGAAUGUCUGAAAUCAAAUAUUAUUCGUUUGAAACGUGCUUGUCAACAUCGUUUAUUUCGUAAACAAUAUAUUGAAUCAAUGGAUAAUUCUGUUGAUUAUUCUUUACUUUCAAUGUGUAAAAUUGCUAUCGAUAAAUAUUGUAUACUAUCAGAUUUACAUGAUGUAAUUUAUUGUCUACGUGAUCAUCGAAACGAUCCAAGUAUGGGUCAUAAUUGUCGUUCAUUAGUUUUGAAACGUUUAGCACAACAAAAUCAAGAUUAUCGUUUGAAUCCACGUUUAAAAUCUGGUUGUCGUAUAGAAAUUCAUCGUCAUUGUUCGAAUAUCAUACGGGAAAGUAAAACGAAUGAAUUAUUAGAUGGAAAAGUUAUUGCCUGUUUAAAACAACAAUAUCUUCAUAAUACAUUAUCGCAAACAUGUGAAAUUGAAAUUAUUAACAUUAUUCGGGAAGUAUCGAUGAAUAUUGAACUGGACCCGAUACUUUAUCGUGUUUGUCAACGUGAAAUUCAUCGAAAAUGUUCCAAUGAAACGGAUAUUAAUGAAUGUUUGAAAAAUCGUUUUCUUUCGAAACAAAUCGAUGAUUUGGGCUGUAAACAUGAAAUUGCACGGUUGAUUAAAGAAACUGAAGCUGAUAUUGAAUCCGAUCGACAUUUAUUUGAAAUUUGUUUGUCGGAUUUGAAAACAUUUUGUUCGGAUGUUAUUUCGGGUCAUGGUCAUCAAUUGAAUUGUUUGACACAAAUUCAUCAUAAUUCACCACAUCGAUUAAGUACUGAAUGUGAUACAUUAUUAUCAAAACGAAUACAAUUAUUUGAAUAUGCUGGUCAAGAAUAUAUUGCUAUUGGUGAUUCAUUUGUACAAAUGUUUCAUGCCGUAUCUAAAUCACCAAUACAUAAUUAUGUUUAUUUAUUUUUAUCAAUCAUAUUGCUUUUAAUAUUUUUAUUUGGUGCAUUUUGUGGCCAAAUUUAUCAACCAAUUCCUACUAGUGAUAAAAUCAAAUAGAAUUAUACUCCUCUCCCCCCCAAAUUCAACUAUCUACUAAUUUGAAUUGAGAAUGUUUCUGUGUUUGUGUAAAUAAGGUUUAU